AUGACUUCUGAAAAACAUGGUUCUCACUCUCCACAGUACUUAAACAAAUUUAUUAAGAAAAAGAAAGAAGUUAAUAAACUGGAAGAAAAUCACAGAAGAAAAAAAAAAUCGAAAAACUUAUCAGACCUAAACAAAAAAAUUUUCACUUAUCUAUUUGCUGCUGGCUUGAACAAUUUUAGCAAAAAGAGUAAAGUAGAAGUUAAAGAGCAAGGAUAG